AUGUAAGAGGCAAGAUGAGUUACAAUUGACACUCAUUUCCGUGAAAAUCGAGUUUGCAAUAUCGAGACGUUCGAUAGUGUCGAAAGACUGUUACACGUAGAAGUUACCAAUCUGUGUUCACGACUCGUUGUCAAUGACAGUAUCAUGGCAGUAUAGUGUCUGAUGUUUUUCACAUAGCAAUUGACGUGCACUUGCAUUAAGCAAGUAGUUAGUGAGGAUAUCUAAUAAUAUACAAUGGCGAGAAUAAUUCUACUGUGGUUAUUGUUUGUUGUAUGUUUGAUUCACCACUCGUUAGGGUUUUAUUUGCCGGGUCUGGCGCCGGUGAAUUAUUGCAAGCGCGGAGAAACUUCUGAAACGUGUAAAUCUGAAAUCAAACUGUAUGUAAAUCGUCUAAACACUGAAAAAUAUGUAAUACCGUACGAGUACCAUCACUUUGAUUUUUGUCCUUCCGACGAAGCUCAGAGUCCUGUUGAAAACUUGGGACAGGUUGUUUUUGGAGAGCGUAUAAGGCCUUCUCCUUACCAGCUAGAAUUCAUGAAAAAUGUUAAAUGUGACACUGUGUGUAAAAAAACAUAUCAUGGAGGAAACAGAGAUUCAGAAAAAAAAUUGGAGUUUUUGAAAAAAGGAAUGGCAUUUAAUUACCAGCAUCAUUGGAUAGUUGAUAAUAUGCCUGUUACAUGGUGUUACCAGUUAGAAGACGAACGACAAUAUUGUAGUACUGGAUUUCCCAUGGGAUGCUUUUCUCGAGAAUCGAGAUCUCAAAUGGACACCUGCAGUAUUAAUGGUGCAUAUAACAAACCAAAAACUUACUAUCUAUUUAAUCACGUAGACCUUACGAUCACGUAUCAUAGCGGUGUUAAAGAAGAUUGGGGAUCCGCAUUUAAAGAAAAUGGAGGACGUAUAAUAUCUGUUAAAGUGGUUCCUCGUAGUAUUAAACAUACUCCAGGUCGUAUUCCUGACUGUGAAUAUAAAGUACCAUUAGAAAUACCACACGGUGCACUUCCUUCUGGUCAAGAAUUAUCUGUUAUUUAUACAUAUUCUGUGACAUAUACCGAGAACAGUACAAUUAAAUGGUCAUCCAGAUGGGAUUAUAUUUUGGAAUCUAUGCCACAUACAAAUAUACAGUGGUUUAGUAUCCUUAAUUCAUUAAUAAUUGUUUUAUUUCUUUCUGGAAUGGUGGCCAUGAUAUUGCUUCGAACACUGCACAAAGAUAUUGCGAGAUACAAUCAGGCUUCCUUCCAGAUAGAAUCAGGAGAAGACGCACAUGAAGAAUUUGGCUGGAAAUUAGUUCAUGGUGAUGUAUUUCGACCUCCCCGCAAAGGAAUGUUACUAUCAGUUUUACUCGGAUCUGGUGUUCAAGUGUUUUACAUGACGCUUGUAACGCUUGCAUUUGCAUGUUUAGGAUUUUUAUCUCCAGCAAAUAGAGGAGCUCUAAUGACUUGUGCUAUGGUUUUAUAUGUUUGCCUUGGAGCCACUGCUGGUUACGUAUCUGCUAGAAUAUAUAAAAGCUUCGGCGGUGAAAAAUGGAAAUCAAACGUAUUACUCACAUCUAUGUUGAGUCCAGGAAUCGUAUUCAGUUUGUUCUUUAUAAUGAAUUUAAUAUUUUGGGCAAAUGAUAGUUCAGCCGCAGUGCCAUUCAGCACUCUUAUUGCUCUUCUAGCACUUUGGUUUGGUGUAUCUCUUCCAUUGACAUUUAUUGGAGCUUACUUCGGAUUCAGAAAAAGGUCUCUGGAGCAUCCUGUAAGAACCAAUCAAAUUCCUAGGCAAAUACCAGAGCAAAGUUUUUAUACUCAACCAAUACCUGGAGUAAUAAUGGGUGGUGUUCUGCCUUUCGGAUGUAUAUUUAUACAAUUAUUCUUUAUACUUAAUUCUUUAUGGUCAAGUCAGGUUUAUUACAUGUUUGGAUUUCUCUUUUUGGUAUUUGUUAUACUUGUAAUUACAUGUUCAGAAACGACGAUCUUACUUUGUUAUUUUCAUCUUUGUGCAGAGGACUAUCAUUGGUGGUGGCGUAGUUUUUUAACAUCUGGAUUCACCGCGUUUUAUUUAUUAGUCUAUUGCAUACACUUCUUCAUGACUAAAUUAGAAAUAGAAGAUGCUACGUCUACGUUCCUUUACUUUGGUUAUACGUGUAUUAUGGUUUAUCUAUUCUUCGUUUUAACAGGAUCGAUUGGUUUCUUUGCCUGUUUCUGGUUCGUGCGGAAGAUCUACAGUGUCGUAAAAGUCGAUUAAUGUAUCAGAUGUGAUAUCAUCAAAAUAAACUGAGUGUGGUAUGAAUAAAAUAAUA